CAGUCGACGAAGUCCUCCGCUCGCGUUUGGCUAACGCGUAAAUUGUCGAGGAAAGUAGAAGACAAAAAAAAAAAAAGGUCCUUCAAUCGAAUUAGUGAAUUGCGAUGAUCGACUAGUCUCUAUUAUUGUUAUUGAUAGUUAUUGGUAUCGACGGAGUUGAUACUUUCUCAAAUCAUCCGACAAUAACAUACGCUGUUUAAAUAGGCGAGUGAAAGAUUAAAAUUGGUUUCAAUUGUUGAUAAAUAUGGAGAAAUAUGUGGCACUAGUUGCUGCUCAGCUGGUGCCUAUUCCGUCGUGGUAUUUCUGCAGUUCUACAGCCUGAACUGUGGACGUUUAUAAUUUUAUAUUCUCCCCGAGGAAUAUUACAGGGGAUGGAAGUUUUCUUCAAUCGUUCUGCUAUUACGGUUGAUGGUUUUUUUUUUUGUUUUUCGUUCGUGCCACUCGUUGCCUUUUUUUAAGAUUUCUUUGUUAUCAUAAUGGAAAAAGUUGUUAAUGGCGGAGAGAAGUUAACUAACGAUCAUCAAGUGGUAAAUAGGAAGAGGAAAAAACGCAAGAAGCAACUCGAUCAGUUGAGAAAAAAUGUCUUAGAAGCAAAACGAAAGCUGCGCGAUGAAACUGCACCGCCGAAGCCACAUGUGUCUACCUUCAACAAAAUACUCAACAAUUUCGCUGAUCAGAGACAAAAAAACGACAACAAGAACCAAGGAUUCGACGACAAGGGCAGAAGGGCGGGUGUAAAAAGGAUGUGCAAUCGAUUACUUCCCUCGAGAAAGCCACAAGUUGGAAUUUUUGCAAAUGGUUCGAAAGGUGCUGAAAUAAAAAGAGGUAAUCCAGAGUUGAACGAAAUAGAUAUGGCGCGUUUUGAAGGUGAUCUUCAAAAAGUUUUAUGUAACGGGAUGCAAAAAAAGCCGAAAACUAGAGAAACUUCUGCAUCUGAAGCACUGAUCAAAUAUCUCAACAAACCUCCACUCGCGAGUCAUACGGCCGUUUGCGAAGAGGAGCCAAAAAUCGCGAAUUUCGAAAGGCUGGGCCAAGUUAAAAUCGAACCUGAAAUACAUUACGAAUAUGAGAGACAAAAUGCAGGCAAAAGGAAGCCGGAGACGUCCGACGAGUCGGAUGAUGAAAGUGUGAAAAAAGUUUUGCUACCAGUUGCGACCAAGAAAUCGGAUGAGAAACGAGCCACAGUCGACGUUGAAUGUAAUAAUAACUUUGUGGAAUCGGAGAAGAAAAAAACUGGUUAUCUCGUUGAAGAAAAAGGGAAGCGAUGUUUAUUUCGAAAUGUUGAGGAGGCGGAGCCAGAGCCCGGUUCCAUACGUGAUCGAGACACACGUUUUGAGGAAUUGAGGUUCUCACCGAGAAUCGGACGGCCCAAGGUUAAAACCAAUUCGACAAAACGUGCGAUGCCGUUCGCCGUUAGCGUCCCUGAAUCUGAGAAAAAUACACCGAUAGAAAAUGAUAACAGAGCGCUUUUCAAACAUACGAAACUCGGAAGAAUGGUCGCCACCAGAUAUGGGGAACUUUGCGGUAUGGUGUGCGCCGAAAAUUUCGAGAACUGUCUCCGGAAUAUUCCGCACGUUGAUCCAUUGAAAAAGGUGAAAAAGUCGCUGAUCGAUUGCUACGUAGCGGCCCAACGCCAUAAUCGUUUGAAUUUUGAAAAAGAAAGGGCGGCAACUGUGACGUCAGGAAGCGUCGAACGACGCCCCGUCGGAUGCUCUCAUCUGGAAAAGACUGCGGAAACUUUCUUAGACAGAAGCGUUCCCCCGAGGAGGAAGGUUACCGCGGCAGAAACGAUGAGGGUGGAAGAUAUUAAAAGAAACAAAAAUGUUUUUCAAGGAAACAAUACAGCGAGAAAAGCAUGCCACCCACCUUAUUCUCCGGAAAAAACUUUUCCAGAGGUUAAUUAUGAACGGUCAUUAGCGAAUUUCGGAGAAAGUCCGGGAUAUUCAAAAACUCGAGAAAUGGAAAGAAAUUUUCCAACGGUGACUGAAAUUCCAACGGACAGGAGAAAAAUCAUGCUACGGUAUUUGAAGGAGCUUAGAAGUUCUGCGAAAUCGGAGGGAAAUGAGGUACUCAAGUCGCCGAUAUUUCCUCCCGGGGUAUCCGUUGCCCCGUUGUCCGACAGCAACAUCGAGAUUCAAAAACGUUACCUUGGCGACCCGUUAAGAAGGCACCAAAUGAUCGGCGUAAAAAAGGACAAAAGUUUCACACCAGUUUCAUUAGAGAAAAAAUCGAAUUCGUCGGACGUGAGUCGCGACAGCGGUGGGACGCGUUUAAAGUUGGACCUCGGGGGUCAGGCGAAAAUCGAAAGAAGAGCAGGGAUAUUGGAAAUCCCGAAUUUAGAGAGCGCCUCGCCCUCGUUCACACUGCAGAUUCCGUCGAAUCGGGAUAAAAUGCCAGCGCAGUAUAUUCGUGGCCUUAAAAAGGCAAACGAAGUAUUUUCGCCGGAUCUGUUACCGAAAUUCGCUGGAGAUGUGGGGAAUAAUCCGAAGCGGGAUUCUAUCGGUAAUCGGCAGAGAAAAAUGUUCCCCAUGUGCAGGGCUGUGAAAGCUGAAAAACACGUGCCUGCAAUUUUACGAAAACCUCAGCCUAACAAUGUCAAGAAUUUUACCAAAGAAACCCCAGGAGAUAAUUUCACGCUAACGGCCAGAGACGCCUUACGGGGAAUUCGUAAAUGGAGUCCCAAUCAGAAAUCGCCUAUUUUCGAGAAGAAAUUGAGCGAAGCUCUCUUCUCUAAAAAUCAGGAAUCGUUUCCUAACGUUAUUCGAAACUCUGAUCGCUCCGAGUGCCCCGAUAUACCCACCAAAAUAUCCCAAGGAGGGACAUUCGCCGUUUUGCAAGAACCCCAACUGCAAACACCGACCGUUAUUAACGGGAUUUUUGAUCGUACCGAAGGGAUUCUGAAGGCGAAACGCAACUUCAUGAACGCUAAAUCUCGGCAAGUCGUACCGAACGGGGAACCGAACGCAGGAAUCCGAGCCCCGAAUUUUUUGGGACAAAAUGCCCGUCAGGAAAUACGACCCGUCCGGGAUUCGGAAAAUCCAUUGAACUUCAUGGACGCCGCUACACUCCAUAAGAUCACCGCGGAACGCGAAAAAGCGCUGGCCAUGUCGGGGGCGCCGGACGAGGAAUGCCAGAGGUUUCCUAUUUACCUGAAACGCAAGAACAAACUCCCAACGGGAGGUCAUCAAGAUAAACGCUAUUCCGAAGAGUGCGUCCAAGGGCAAGCACCCGCAGCGUUCCAGGGUAACGGAAGUCAGACCAAGGUCAUAAUAAUUCAUAACCCGAACUUGCUGAAAAGAUCAGACCCCCGAGAUCGCCAUCGGCAAAUAUGCGAGAACAAGAACUUUUCCGGACGAGGUUUGGAAACCGCCGAGAUCAUUCCUCUCCAUCUUCAUCAAGUUCGGGAUAUUCGACAGCAGCAGACAUCGCAGCAGCAAUUCCAGAUACCCGAAGUUUAUCCUUACCACGGAAAUUCCGAAUGCCCUCAGGAAGCGGCUCGAUAUUCCUACCCCAAUACCACUACCGAUGUGCAAUUGCAGCCAAGAAUCGUUUAUCGACAAGAUGCAGGAAGAAUAUACGGAAGUGUAAACCUGCGGGAUAAUCCUGGGUUUCCGAAUCGCUUCCAGCAUGUGAUUCCCCAGCCGAAUCAUCGGGGAAGUUUCGAUGUGUCAACUUCCCAGAAGAUUAAUUCGCAGUUCCCUCAUACCGCGCCGGCGGUCUCUGCUGUUCAAAUACCCGCGACUUUUGUAUCGGCUCAUUGUGCCGGCGGCAAUUUGAAUCCGAAAAUCGAAACUACAACCAUUACCGAACCCAAACCCGUACAAUUGAUGGACGGAAGAAUAGGUUUUAUCCUACAGACCAAUAACGAACACAACUCGUGGUAUCAAAACCCUAGUCAACUUCAAUGGAACGGAGUAAUGAUAGAAGAUGAUAAAAAAUGCAGUUAUAGCUACCAUAUCGAUCCCAGGUGUCCGCAGGCUGAAUACCAACGGAAUUUACAGUUCAAUGAAACCGUUGGGCAGGUUCGUCAGCACGUUAUACAGCCGAAUUACAACGUGACCGAUGUCUACAAUCACCCUGGAACAACGCACCAGCGAUCCGCACCCCUUUGCGAUCAUUGUUCAACCAAACCUUAGAUCAUAAGUCCAGAGUAUAAUACAGAUCGGCAUAAUGAUUACGUGUAUCUAAUUAUUGUCAUCAACCCGAUGGUUUAUUAAAUUUAUCUGAAAGAAACGAUAAAUUAAACAAACAAACAAACGAAAAAUCGAAUCUUCGAAAGUGCAUCAUUUUUCAGUUUUACUUUUUGAGACUAUACCAUUAUUGCUCGUUGACAAAUCAUACUAAUAUACUCAUAAUACGCAUAAGUGAUGGAUCAAGAAUAAACUUUUAUUUUCUACUUCGAUAUUACGUAGUGUUCAGAUACUCCAACGUCGGGAUUUUCGAAUACUUUUCGAAUUGUCAAGCUGUUUGUGAGAUGAAAGUAAGCGAAAUACGUAAAACAAUAAAAAUAUAUCAAUAUUCAUAAAAUGGUAAAAAGAAAAAUGUAUUACAAUGUUCGAGUCACUUGGAAUUUUAUUUGAAAUAAUGUACUCUUUUUGUUUUUUUUUUUUUUGUAUAUCGUUACGAUAAUAUAUAAUGUUCUACCGUUCAAUGGAUGUACGUCGAUACGAUUGGUCCCUCAUUAAAACCCUGCUUCUCAGCUGCUUUCAUUUCCAUGGUAUUUUUUUCCGUUCGCCCCUCUCCCUCUUUCCCCUCUCUUCCCCCACGUGUAUUCGGAGUGAUGAAGAAAAUCACUCGGAAAUUGAAAGUUUAGUUCAACGAGCUACAAAUGUUUGGAAUUUUUUCUGACAAAGAUUUCCGGUCUCUUAGUAUUUUACGGGACGAAUCUCAAUAUUCUGUUCAAAUUGUCUAGAAUUCACCAAAGACACUCCGAAAAUCACAGCUUAUCGAACUUUCCCUAUAUAUUCAUCGCUACCGAUAUAAAGUUUAAAAGUCGGACCCCCUUCGUUUAGAAAUUCAAAAUUCUGCCGAGUUUUCGUUCCUUUUAUAACUCCCUCGCAUCUGACUCGCUAUUUCCUCCAAUUUAUUUCUGUUCAGCCGCGUUCCAAUUUCGACCUAGCGCUAAAUUCUACCGUUCGAUUAAUUACUCACCCUAUAUAUAUGUAUGUAUGUAUAUAUAUAUCUACGUAACCCACCAACUAGUGUAAAAAAGAAAACCAAAAAAAAGAAUAAAAAAAAAAAAUAAAACUCACAAAAUAAAGGAAAUGAAUCGGGUAUAUAAUAAAUGGAGAGAAAAUUCAUAUCGAGUCGAGCGGGGCUUUGUUCGACUAUUCAUUUCCUGAAUUCUUUUUUUCUUUCUCUCUCCCCGCUGAAAUUUUUUGUCUCAUCUCCAUUUGAAAUUUCCGAUAUUUCCGAAUGAAAGAGAAAAAAAUAAAUGAAAACCUACUCGAUCUUAGAUUCGUUGAGUUGGCGAGUAUAAUUGAAUCGAGUUUGUUGAUGUAGGUGGAAUAAUAAUGCAUGUACAUCGCGAAUCUGCAGGAUUCCAACCCUUGUGUACAAUUUUACGACGUGAAAUGUUACGGCAAUUUUACGAUCUCACACACGAGUGUGCGUAUCGUUUGCAGGGAACGUGAAACAUACAGGUGUGCGUGAAAUUGAUUUUCUAUCACUGUCGCGACAUGUGGAAUAAAAUGAGGAUAAUUUAAUUCCCACGUAGUUUGGAAAUAUAAGUUUGAAAUAUGAGAAACAAUAUACGUCCCAAUUUUCAGAAUCUGCCGUAAACUUGGAACGAAUCUAGAAAAUCUGCAAUUCAUUUAAAAAAUUCAAACUGCCCAUCUCAGCGGUAAUAAUUGUAUUAAAUAUUUAAGGUUUUUGGUUUUCUCCGGAAUAACCAUGUGCGAUCACUGCGUCGCAAGUUCUUCGAAGGCAAAAUGAAAAACGACCAAAAAAUUACACAAGAAGUCGAAAGGGAAACGAAUAAAAGUAUCGUUCAAUAUUUCGACGGAAAAUGGUCACUCGCCCGGAAGCGAUUAGGGCUGUAAAAAUCUUAGAACCCUCAUAGAGCCAUUAAAGGAAAUUUGUGGUAAAAGGACAAUUUUAUCAUUUUUUUAUUUUUUUAUUUUUAUUUUUGUUUUUUCUUCUUUCCCGUGAACGAUUGUAUAUAUAUAGAAUCCUAAGAGUGGUUGAUAUGGCUGGGGUUGCGAGCUGACAAUGAGAUAAGAAACCGGAAAGAGAUAGGAACGAAUCGCUGUCGCGCCGCACACAACCGGAAGCCUCAAACCCGCCUACAUUUAAAUCAUAAGAUUCAUCUUUGAGGGAUUCGAGUCAUUCAUGGUCCGUUACUUGUACGGUUUACAAAGAGCCAAUUUUAAACGUCACGUAAUAUUACAGUUGAGAAAAAGAGUUACAGGCUCAUUGUGUGCUACGGGUAUUACUAUAUGUAUCGUACGAUUACUCAAUUACAGCCCUAAUAACUAUACUUACAAUCUAACUUUAAGAAACGACCGUCACCAGCACGCGUUUGUGUCACUUUAAAAAUAAAGGGUCUCGUAAUCAUAUUCUUCAAGCGCCCAGGAACACGACGCGGAGGAUUUGAUUUUUUCAUUUCAACGGCUUCGUGGACUUGAAUAAUUUUUUUGUUUUUUUCCCAUCGUUGGAAAAAAUAAUCGGAUAUCGCCGCUAAUCGGAGGUGAAAAUUUCUGAUACAAUCAAACGUGUUAUGUGUUCCAAAAGUGAUAGCCGAUAAAACUGUGGGACAAUGAAGUGUUCGGUGAUUUGUUUUACCCUUUUCAUUUCCCUCCUUGGAUUCUACGCAACGGAAUCUUCCUCAAUGGUACAGUCGCAUCUGCCGCCCCGAUGCCCUUCGGUCAAACUCCCGAAUGGUAGGGUCCGCCAGAGGUCUAGGGGGAGGAUGUUAAGGUUCAAUUGUCUUCCUGGGUUUAUUCUUGUGGGAAAUAGAUACGCCACUUGCAUAAAAACCAAAUGGGACACGCU